CGAUGUCAGCGGUUCCGAGUGGAGCUCUUGUUCCCGGACCCACCGGCAUUGUCCAUCCCGGGGAGAAGCCCGGGCCCACGGCUGGGGGCCAAGGGUCACUGCGGCCUGACCAGCUGGGCGGCCUGGUGCACUGUCUCCUGCACCGCUUCAAAAGAAGAGCUGGCGGCCCAAACGGAACUGGUGUCCCCGCUGGGGAGUGGGGUGGCGAAGGCCUCCUGGAGUGUGGCGGCGGUUGUGGGGAGUUGCUGGCCGAGCCCGUCACCCUGCCCUGUGGGCACACCUGGUGCCGGCGCUGCCUGUGGAGGAGACCUCGCUGCCCGGCUUGUGGCGAGGAGGCGGCCAGCGGUCAGUCUCUGCGACCGAACGUCAUUCUGAGCCACUUGAUUGCUAAGUGGUUCCCGGCGGAGGUCAGCCGGGCCCGGGAUAAAAUCAAACUGGAGGAGCUGCUGGCCCAGUGUCGCUUCUCAGAGGCAUUGACCCUGCUGGAGCAACUGGAACUGAAACCCAGUGAUGUGGCCCUACAAAGCUAUAAGGCUGAAUCGUAUGCUGGGCUUCAACAGUUCAAAGAAGCAUGGGAAGAUAUGGAAGCAGUGUGUUCAAGAAGGCCUGCUUGGCCAGAGGGAUACUUUGGAAAAGCUAGAGUCCUGUCUACCAUGGGGCUGAUCGAUGAAACUGUACAGUCAUUUCCUCAGUGUUUGGCCUUGGAUGAAGAUUCUACUCCAGCAAAAGUAGAAGUGGAAAAGAUGUCAAGUAUGCCAAAAAAUUCAGAGGGAGAGUCAGCGUGUCUGAGUUGGACUCGAUCUGUUCAGUUAUUACAUAGGGUGGAAAACCUUGUUGGUUUCAAAAGGGUUUCUUCAGCCCCACUGCUUACAUGCCAAGAAAAGGCAGUUCGACUGAAAAGAAAGUUGCCUUUCAGCGAUCAAGAAACAAAGGAAACUGGCGAUACAAAGAGUAAAUGCCAAAAGUGGGAUACUGAACAACCAUUCCAUGCACUGCAUUUUGAGAGAACAUUAACUAAGGAUCUAGUAGAUGCAGCAGAUUUUGAGUGUUCUCUUUGUAUGAGAUUGUUCCUGGAGCCUAUCACUACACCUUGUGGCCACACCUUCUGUAAAUGUUGUUUGGAACGAAGUUUGGACCAUAGUCCACUAUGUCCACUUUGUAAAGACAGCCUCAAAGAAUAUCUUGAAAAUAGGAAAUAUGCUGUCACCUAUUUAUUGGAAGAAGUAAUUGCAAGGUAUCUUUCUGAAGAACAAUGUGAAAGACAAAGGAUUCAUAAUGAAGAAACUGCAGAACUUUCAAAUUUGACGAAAAAUGUUCCCAUUUUUGUGUGCACUAUGGCAUAUCCUACUGUGCCUUGUCCUCUUCAUAUUUUUGAGCCACGGUAUAGGCUUAUGAUUCGAAGAUGCAUUGAGACUGGUACAAAACAAUUUGGAAUGUGCAUCAGUGACCCACAUAAUGGAUUUACAGAUUAUGGCUGUAUGCUGCAUAUAAGAAACACUCACUUCCUUCCCGAUGGACGAUCUAUUGUGGAUACUAUUGGAGGAAAAUGUUUCAAGGUUUUGGAAAGAGGACAAAGAGAUGGAUAUUACAUUGCCAAUAUUGAAUACUUGAAAGAUGUUAAGGUUACAGGAGAGGAAUUGGAUAAACUUAUAGAUCUUCAUGAUGAGGUGUAUGCACAAGCUUGCAAAUGGUUUCAAAACUUGAAGAGUAGGUUCCAUAGUCAAAUCCUUCAGCACUUUGGUCCAAUUCCAGAGAGAGAGAGAGAUUUACAGGACCCCCCAAAUGGGCCUGCUUGGUGUUGGUGGCUUCUUGCUGUUCUUCCUGUGGAUCCCAAGUAUCAGCUUUCUGUGUUGUCUAUGACAUCCUUGAAGGACCGCUUAAUCAAAAUUCAGAAGAUUUUGACAUACUUCUCCAAUGCAAGAGAUCAAUCCAAGUGACAAUCAGCUGGGACUUGCUUCAAGGAUCAUAAAAUCCUCUUUCUAACUGUGGUUGGAUUGUUUGCUGUUCUUUUCAUAUGCAGUGCUGAUUUCAGUAAGAUGCAAAUAGCUGAUGUAGUCUUGAAAAGAAUUGCAAAAUAUGCUGUUAACAGAAAACUGACCUUAUUUAUUUCCUCCCAAGAAAGGUUUGUGACAGACGAACCACUACUCCAUUUCUAUGAAAUUUUGAACAGACAGAAAUUCCAUGUUUUUUUUUAUACUUAGUUUUGAAAUUAUACUGAUUUACUUGAACUAGCAGUACUAGAUGCAGAGUUCAAAGCACAAUAGAUGUGUUCUGGUCCUUGAGCAAUAUAAUUACUAGAAAUUUGGAAACUUCCAUCUGAUUACCACAAAUAAUUUGAGUUUGCCAUUACCUAUCCUGAAUUGGCAAAAUAUUGCUAUGGUAUGGGUGCUGGCAACCCUGCGACCCAUAGUGAGAAACUGACAUGUUGCAAGUUAGUUAUUUGACCCUGGCAUAGCUGUGCAUCAUGUGCCCUCACUUGUUGGCAGUAUACACACACUUUACAGCAAGAGCAACUAGAUAGCCGACGAGCAGUUUUCACUUUCCUCAGCACGUCACAAUUUUACAUGGUCAAAACUGACCAACUCUACACAAAACCAAUUAUCAAAACUGGGACUUUCUAGUACGUGUGACUUAUUAUCACGUCAGACAUAUGUCACAUACAAUUCUGAGGCAAGAUUCUCCAAUUCUGUGAAACGGUAUAACUGUGCUGUGCACUAAUUGCAUACCAUAAGAAAAUUAUUAUCCUAAUAAAUUAGAGGCCAACCUUAAUACAGUUUGUGUUUUUAGACUUGAAAUUAUUGGCUCAAAUACAGAUUACAUUUUGCUAAUCAGUCUGAGCAAUAAAUUAUGAACAGUCUGUUUUUGUUUUAAAAAGCAAAAAUCCUUGCAUUUAGUGUUGUAAUAGUUUGUAUCUUUGCUCCAAUGACUUGUAUUUUCUUUGCAAUUAUGUGCUGGCAUUGUGUGAUUAUGCCAGGCAUUGCCUUUCUGAUCUGUAAAUUUGUAAAAGGUUUCUACAAAAUUUUAGCUAUGAACUGUAUAUUUAUUUUUUGAAUAAACUAAAGAUCAGAAAUGAAAA